AUGACACUGGCCGAUGGGUCGCCGCAACCGCCGGUUACCAUCGGCUGGUCGAAGAAGCAGCUGUUCGAGAAUGACACGUGCACACUGCGCUCGGGCCGUUUGGGCAUCUGCCGGCGAGGGGCCGACUGUGGUUGGGCGCGAACCGGACUCCGGGAUCGGACACUGACGCACGCCGAGCUCUCGAUCUGUGGCUUCGACGGCACGGAACCCAUCAUCUGUUGCUUCCCGGGCGAAUCGUUACUCCAGCGGGGAAUGCAAUCAGCGGUGCAGGCAUGCGACGGUUAUGACGGUGUGCAGUCCGAGCUGUCAUUCCACAUCGUCGGUGGGGAGGAUGCGUACCGGGGUGAGGUACCGUUCAUUGCAGCGCUCGGUUAUCGCGAGCCAACCAGCCGAGCCGAGGAUACGCCCGAGGAUGCGGACGGUGGGCCAGUGAUGGACGGUACGGGGCCGAGCUACCUGUGGGCCUGCGGUAGUACCCUUAUUGCGCCCUCCUUCGUCCUUACCGCGGCACACUGCAUCGAGACGGACCAUGGGCGACCGGUGGUGGUGCGCAUGGGUACGACCAACCUGCUUAACCCCCCGAACCCGGCCGCUGUACAGCACCGUACGGUUAAGGAACAUCACGUACACCCGGCAUACCGGCGCCGCUACGCGUACCACGACAUCGGUUUGAUCGAGGUGUCGACCGGGUUCAUCUUCGAUGAGGACGUCCGACCGGCCUGCAUCCACCCGGCUGCGACCGAUCUCGCCACCACGAUCCAGCUGCUGGCGGCCGGCUGGGGUGACGAUGGUCAGCGGUCCCGGAGCCCCGACCGGUUACUGCGGACCAACCUCAGCACCGUACCGCUCGACGAGUGCCGGGUACGGUUGCGUACGGUGCGCGUGCUACCCAGCUCCCACCUACCGGACGGUCUCCUCGAUCAGCAGUACUGCGCCGUCGGUCACCAGCUGGCCAGUGGUAGUGGUGGUGAAGGGGCUGGGGGCUACCACUCGGAUACCUGCAGUGGCGACUCGGGCGGACCGCUCUACUACAUCGGUGAGCAGCCCUCGCAGAAGUACGUUCUGGCCGGCAUCACCUCGGUCGGUACCGGGUGCGGAUCGGGUACGCCGGCCAUCUAUACCCGCCCCUACCACUACCUCGAUUGGAUCGCCACCAUUGUGUGGCCGACGGACGCGAACACUGACUGA